UCCACGGCGGGGCGGUGCUGCGGCCGCGCGCGUUCCCGCCAAGAGCGGAGGUUUUGGCGCGCCGCGGGCACGUGUGGGGCUCGUUGCCGGUACCGGGAGCCGUCACCAUCUAUCGCCGGUUACCGGGGGCCGCCGCCAUGGCCCAGCUCCGCCUCACCGAUUUCUUCAGCCGCACGAAGGCGGCCACCGGAGCCCCGGCCAAGCGCGGCGGCCGCCGGCUCAAAGCCGCCCAUCCCGGUGCCCCGGUUCCCCGGGAGGCGGAGGACGGUGCCCCGGUAGGGCUCAGUCCCCCCCCGCUGCCCGCUUCGCCGCGCACCCCGGCCCGCCGUGGCUCCCCGGUGGGGCGGGGGCUGGCGGGCAGGAAGCGGAGCCGCCGGGAGGUGGAACCGGAGCCGCCGCUCGGGGCUGGGGAGACCGGGGAACCGAGCGGGAAAUCGGCGCGGAAGAGGUUGGAGCUGGACCGGGAUGAGGAACCGGGACCGCCGCCGGCCGCGGCCACCAGCCCCUCGCCUCCGGCCACUGCUCAGCACCCUCCGCUGCCCUCGCUGGACCCAGCAGCGGACCCCCCAGCCAGCACCCCCAGCCGGGGGCAGGACGGGGGGCCACAGCCUGGCACAGCCCCCCCAGGGACAACCAGGCACCUGCAGCGGGAGGACCUGGCCGGGCUGCGGUGCCGCCUGCAGAGGCUGAAGGGGGUGACCCAGGUGUCACCCAUCCCCCCGGGGACCAGCACCGACCUCCGGAGCCGUCUGGAACGGUUGCGGCAACUGGAGCUGCAGAUCCGCGAGAAGAAAAGGGGAAGCGGAGCCGCGGCGGGAGCGGGGCCGUCCGGGGACACCGGGCCGGCAGCUCCUGCGGUAGAGACCGGCGAGAAGACCCCGGCGUACCAGCGGUUCCACACCCUCGCGCAGGACCUGCCCCCGGGGCUCACGCUGCCCUACAAGUUCAAGGUACUGGCCGAGAUGUUCCGCAGCAUGGACACCAUCACCGGGAUGCUCUUCAACCGCGCCGAGACCAUCACCUUCGCGAAGGUCAAGCAGGGGGUGCAGGACAUGAUUCGCAAGCAGUUUGAGGAGCGCCACGUGGGGCAGAUCAAGGCGGUGUACCCCACCUCGUACAGGCUGCGCCAGGAGAAGAACAUCCCCGCCUUCGGCAGCGGCGUGAAGAAGUCUGACUACCAGCUCACACUGGAGCCGGUGCUGGGGGAAGAGGAGAAAGUGGACGGCCGCCCGCACUUGUCGGCGUCGCGCUUGCUGGCGCGCAGGAAGGAGUUCCACCGCAACCUGGUGAACAUCGUCAAGCAGCACCACAAGGCGUUCCUGGCCGCCCUCAGCCCUCCCAUGGUGGUGCCGGAGGAGAAGCUGACCCGCUGGCAUCCCCGCUUCAACGUGGACGAGGUGCCGGACAUCAGCCCGGCGGAGCUGCCGCGGCCGCCCCGGGAGGACAAACUCACCACGGCGCAGGAGGUGCUGAGCGCGGCCCGGGGGAUGCUGACCCCCAAGAUGGAAAAAGCUCUUGCCAACCUGGCCUUAAGAAGCGCUGAAGCCGGUGCGGGGGAACCGGUGGUUUCCAAAGCACCGUCCCCUGCCAGCACCUCCAGUGCUCUGAAAGGGGUGUCCCAGGCCCUGCUCGAGAGGAUCCGGGCGAAGGAGGCGCAGAAGCUGGAGGCGCUGAUGACGCGGGACCCGCGGCAGGAGGAGCGGCUCGCCAUGCUGGGCCGGCUGCCGGCCAUGGCCCGCAUCCUGCGCAACGUCUUCGUGGCCGAGAAGAAGCAGGCGCUGACCAUGGAGGUGGCUUGUGCCCGCAUGGCCGAGAGCUACGACGCGCAGAUGCCUCCUGGCGAGAUGGAGAAACACUUGCGCCUCUUGGCAGAGCUGCUGCCCGACUGGGUGGGCGUCCACGCCAUCAGGACCGACACCUACAUCAAACUGGACAAAGGGAAGGACCUCGGCCUCGUCGCGGAGCGGCUCGCCAAGGCGGCCAAGGAGGCAGAAACCCUCUGAGCACCCCACCCCAAGCGUCGGGUCUUCCCCCCGGGCAAGCUCCUCGAGAUGUAGGAAAUCCCAACUGCGCGCCGGGCUCUGGUGUGGGAUCUGACGGGAGGCUCAGCCUCAGGGAUGUCUGAGGAAGAGCAAAACGCCUUCAUUUAACUAAUUCCUCUGCUAGGGUCCCCGAGGACCGUAGCUCCCCCAAGCCGGGGUGACGAUGCAAGCAGUGAAGAGGAGCUAGUGACCUCUUCUCAGUUUUGCUGCCUUCUCCUGAAGGUUUGAGGCAGGAGAUUUCUUCCAUUAACUGGGCCCUGGUGGGGCGGAGGCAGGACUGGGCAGGGUGAGAGGGUGACACGCAGGAAGGAGCGAGAGAAGAAAUCACAGAUCAGUGUUUUUGGAGCUCGUGGCCUUGUUCCGUUUUUAAGGGAGGGAAAAACGCAUCUCCAGCACGCUCUGGAAACAGCUACAGGACUUGUCAAAACAUAUUUUGUAUUAAAUGUUUUAAAUAGA